UCCAUCUUCACAUAUUUGAAUGAACUCAAAAACUCAAAGGUUGCUGAAUCUCUAAAAAAAUUGAAAAAUGUAAUUGACAUUACAUUUUACAAUGACAUCAAGCUGAAGGUGCAGGAUAUCUUGGAGGACAUUCAAAAACGGAUCAUUGACAUGGAUAUCAGAAAAGAAAUGUACAUUUACCUUCAAAGAGCAAGCGAAUCCUACAGCAAUGUGGUUAACUACGUUUCUGUACAGUUUAACCAACUAAUUGAGAGGAUUAGAGAAGUGACCAAUGCCAAUGACAUCAUCACACAGGUAAAGCAAACUGCAGAUAGAAUUCUGGGUGCACUAAAAAAAGCUGAGAUUGUAGUUCCAACUUUCACUGUACCUCUCACUGACCUCACCAUUUCAUCAUUUACAGUAAACCUGAACAAAAUGCAGGAGAUUAGCAUCCCAGCUCAGAUUUUUGUCCCUGAGUUCACUAUCCUUAACUCAUACAUAAUUCCUGCCUUUACCAUAGACUUUGAGGAGAUCAAAGCACAUAUAAUUGCACUCAUAGAUGGCAUCAGAAAAUAUGAGAUCCAAAUGCCUGACCCUGAGGAGAUUUUGGGGGACCUAAAAGUGCUUUAUCUUCCUGAAUUGCAAGAUCUUACUGUCCCAGAAAUAACCCUUUCAGAAAUACAUUUCCCUGUUAUCAAAAUCCCCCAAUUAAAUCUGAAGGACUUUGAAAUUACAAUGCUUCCAAUUCCAGAGAUCAAAUUACCUGAGAUUCCGAGUGACCUUUGCAUGCCGUUUUUUGGCAAGCUCCAUGGUGAAUUUCGAUUGAGCUCCCCACAGUUCACGAUGGAAACUAUAGGGAAGAUUGAGAACUCAACGUCCACACCAAAAAAAACUCAGUUUACAGCAGCUAUUACUUCUCAUUCCAAAUCACCCAUUGAACCCUUUAAAUACACCUUUGAAGCCAAUGCUAGGUUGGAAGCUCCAAUAAUGAACAAGUUUCUAUUAACAGAAAUUGUGAAAGUUACACAUGUUGCCUUCUCAAUUGAUCAUGGCGGAUCCUUAACACUCACUGGUUCUUCUGCUGAGGCUUCUGCUAAGACCAUUAGCAAGGCCACAACCCAAAUGUACACAGCCGAUUUUGUCAACAGUAUAGCACUUACAUUGAAGAAAGGAAUCUCUGCAACCAUAGACACAAAUUACAACCACAACUUGGACGUCCCAUCAAUUGAAACUUUCAGUGAAGCAUCAAUGAAACAGAAUAUAGCAGCUACCAUGGAAUCGGGCAAAGUACUUUGACCAGUGAAACUACUGGUAAUGGAAAGUGGUCCUUUCAAGACUACUCUGACGAAGGUACACACACCAGCAAUGUAGAAUACAGCAUACAGUUUGGCACUGCCAAAUUAACUAUGGCAGGAGAAACAACCUGUAACGCCAUGAAAUCAAAGCA